UUCACUUUUAAUGUUUACCUAAAGCCUCGAGGUGCAGCGUAAUUAUCAAGUUUCGCCUUCUGACAACACUAGCGCUCGCUCUUUACACACUCGCUGACGGUCUGCACACAGUCAAACAUUUGGAAGAUUCUGACCUCUGGCCUGUAAAUGGCAACAACAGUACAAAUCUUCUUAUCUUGUUCUGAAACGGCGCUGCUCUUGUACGGAUAUCGCCCCACAAAUAGUGCUGCCCAGCCACUAUGCCUCGCGGCCUACCAUGAGGUUGGAUGGUUAAAGCGGAUGGGCUUAGGGAAUAUGGAAGGUCUCGUAAGUGUUGGUUAUUACUAUCGAAACUGACGUAUAACGCUUGCAAGGCUGCCUUAUAGCAUACUCUUCAUAGGCUCUAAAGGCUAAUCAAGCAGACAUUUGAACUGCAACCCAAUCAUCGUCGAUUCUCGAAUAGACUCGCAAAAUGCAACUCCAGAGCAUUAUCUACUCCAAGCCACCGGCCAUCGUUACUUUCUUGCUACUAACGAGCAUCCCGCUCGUCGAUCCCACAUGGGUGGUGCGAUCUCUCUGCGCAACUCACCUUGGGAGGCGCCUACUGCAAGGAGGCUCCAGCAGGACCUUCGUGCACAGUCUCUUCCAACGACUCUAUCACGCACUGUCCUCUACUUGCCUUCGCGUCCGCCUCUUAUUUCCAUGCCCCGUGCGUUCACGAUACGAGACGUUCCCCACGCUCGAAGCGGAAGCGAAAUAUUGGUGCAUUGCUGCUCGUUACCAACGCCACCUUGCACAGUCUAGUGCUCGUCGGCCGCCGCAUGAGACGUCCGAGAUACCUCUCGUGACGUACUAUACCCCACGUCUGCUGCCUCAAUACCGCGACGUACAACACUCCGACGAAGGGAGCGUUGAAUUUUCCAUAUCCGCCAAAACGUUUUGCAAGUGGCAUAGGAUGGUAUUUCGGCGGUCGCAUCACCCGACUCUUGCUCAGGCAGCUCUGCGCAUGAAGCAUCACUCUCACCGAGACCUUAGAGAAAUUCAGCGGAUUGCACGCCUCCUGCCAGACGAGCAAGUGUUCCGUGUAAACCGACCGUGGUCGUCAAAAUACAGCAAGCUUUGGAAGCGAUGGCUGGACAAUAAAGGUCCAGACGUAGUGAUCGUGUUUGAGUGACGUACUUUUGAUGUGAUGGUAAUUGCUGUAACGCGGCUU